GAGGACGAGGAUGAGAUUCCGGAGGUAUACCGGGAGAUGCUGGCGGAAGCUGAGGCUCGAGAGGCCCGAGCAGGCGGCGAAUCAGGGAAUGAGAGACCAAGUAAAAGAUUCAAACCAGCGGGAUCGAGAGCCACGCUUUCCCGUACCCAGGUCGCAGCACAGGAAACCCAGUAUUCAGUAGAAAAUGAACCACCUGCCGGCAGAAAACCACAGACUGUAUAUAAUUCACCGUCAGAAUCAUCUGAGGACUCGGAUAUGGAGUGGGAAGAGGUCGACAUUCAACAGCCUUCCUCCCACCCGAUCCUACCAGGUCCCGUCGCCGCAGCAGAUGACGCGCCCUUGCAGAUUAUCCUCGACCGACAGGAAGGUCAGCGACAAAAGAGCACUCGGCAAAAGCCGGUAACUGGGGCGGAAAAGAGACUCAGGUUGGAUGUGCAUAAAAUGCAUCUACUCUGUCUCUUGUGCCAUGUGCAACGACGUAAUCUUUGGUGCAAUGAUGAAGAAGUACAGGGAUUUCUCAAGAAAAUGCUACCAAAGCCUAUUGUGUCCCUCCUGAAUCCCUCGGAGAACAAACCCCAGCAUGCCAGGUCUACAAGUUUUAUCGACGGACUUAAUCAGGCCGGAGAGGCAUUUAUCAAGAGAUUCAAAGUAACAAAGCCGGGGCUGAGACGCGCUCACUGGGCGUACGAUUCUGCGUCCCUCAAACAGAAAGCGGAAGCAAUCGUGUCAGAAGCCGAAGUCUUUCUAUCCAGGGACGACUUCCGAGCCCAGGCCAAAACACUACAAGGUUCUCGUGAUUUUGGGGCUCAACUCUUCUGUGCCCUUCUGCGAUCUGUAGCUGUGGAAGCUAGAUUGGUCUGUUCUCUACAACCGCUGCCGUUUUCCGGAACGAGGCGAGACAUGAUUUGCGCCAAGCCUGUAUCUCAGCCCAUCAUUAUCUCAUCUGAUGAUCUGGAGAUAUCAACGGAUGAUAAAGGGAAGGCGGGAAGCUCGCCGCGCGCCUCGCGAAUCAGAAGACUUGGUCAACCAGGGUUUAAGCCCGCGCGCUUUCAGAGUAGCCGUGCAGCGAGGCCACCAAUAUUCCGGGAAUCACCUCACCCAGUAUUCUGGGUUGAAGCAUUCAACGAAGCUGUUCACAAAUGGAUAGUGAUUGAUCCUAUGGUGACCAAGUCGCUUGCGAAACCGUCCAAGUUUGAGCCACCAGCUGCCGAUCCCUACAACUGCAUGAAUUAUGUUGUAGCAUUUGAAGAGGAUGCAUCCGCUAGAGAUGUCACACGGCGGUACGCAAAAGCAUUUAAUGCUAAAACUCGCAAGCUGCGUGUUGAGUGUACCAAGAGCGGCGAGGUAUGGUGGAGCCGCGUACUUCGGUUUUACGAGAAGCCAUUCUUAGAAGACCGUGAUGAGCUGGAAAUUGGAGAGUUAACAGCCAAGACGGCUGCGGAGCCGAUGCCCCGAAAUGUGCAAGAUUUCAAGGACCAUCCAAUUUAUGCUCUGGAGCGACACCUCCGCCGCAAUGAGGCUAUUUUCCCGCAACGCGUUAUUGGGCAUGUGAGUCUUGGAAAAUCCGGGUCCAAAAACCAAGCCACCGAACCGAUAUAUCGCCGAUCGGAUGUUCAUACCCUUCGCAGCGCGAACAAGUGGUACCGCCUAGGUCGUGAUGUUAAAUUGGGUGAGCAAGCAUUGAAGCGUAUACCCGCUAGCAAAAACAGGACCACUGGUAUUAGCGACGAGGAGGAGGACGCUGAGCUGGCCAUGGAAACCCCUCUCUAUGCCUUUUACCAGACAGAGGUAUACCAACCUCCCCCGGUCGUCCAUGGAAAAGUGCCCAAAAAUGCAUACGGGAAUCUAGAUGUGUACGUUCCAAGCAUGGUCCCCCCGGGAGGAGUUCACAUCCCGCAUUUUAAUGCUGCACAUGCGGCUCGUAUCUUGGGCAUUGACUACGCCGAUGCGGUCACGGGAUUCAAUUUCAAAGGGCGUCAUGGAACCGCCGUAUUUCAGGGUGUGGUUGUGGCCGACGAAUUCCGCGCAGCAGUUCAAGAAGUCUUGAAUUGCAUGGAAGAAGAAAGGCUACACAAUGAGCUAGAACAGAGGUCUGCAGAGGUCCUGCAUUUGUGGAAACACUUUCUGCUUAAACUUCGCAUUGCGGAGCGCGUUAAGACUUACGCGGUUGAAGGAGAGGAAGCCGAUGACGAGUCAAGUGUUGGGCUUGAGAUGAAGGACGCUGAGAUGGAAGGGGGCGGUUUCUUGCCUGAAUCGGGUCCAGAAAUCGUCAGCCCGCCGAUUCCCACUUCAGCGCCGCCUCUGUUCGAGUCCCCCGUUAUCGAUUAUAACAACCCAGUACCGCUGGAAGACGCGGUGGAAGACUCGGGCGGAGGGGGAUUCCUUCUGGAGAGCGACGCAGAGCCUGAGAAAGCUGUCAAUCACCAAAACGCGUCCCACAAGCCAAACGUUGCUCCACCCAGGUACAAUCUCGUCGUCGUCGACGAAAACGAGCGGCCACGGGAUAUUAUUAUACCCAUUGAUUCUGACGGAGAUGUCACCCGACCUCAUACCCCGAAAGUCGGCUUACAAAUCGAGCCUUUCGGGGAUUCCGGAGGCUCCUUAGAGGCUCCAAUAACGGUCGAUUCCUCAGUAAAUGCAGAUUCUGCGUCUGCUAGUGUUGAAUUACUCUCCCAGGCCCCGGAAGUCCUGUCUCAACAAUCGCUAAGUAAUGAGGAGGAGGAGGAGAAUUCUUUGUUAUCUGAAGACCCAGAUGACGAGGACGCGGUCCCCGAGUGGCUGAUG